CCUCAGCUUCGUUCUAUGCAUGAACAAAUAACAUGGUGGUUUGAGCUGUGUAGUAGAGUGGAGAUUUUUUUUGAAUGAGAAGGGGAAAGGCUUUUUUAAUGGUACCUCAAGUUAUUUCAUCCUGUUUCAGUUUUCUGUAACCUUCCAUCAUGCCGGAAGGGCACCAGGAAAAUGCCGAGAAGGAUGAUAAGGACAACACAAAUUUAUACACUGCACUCGGCUUGACCAAAGAUGCCACACCAGAAGAAAUCAAGAAAGCCUACAGAAAAAUGGCCCUGAAAAACCAUCCUGAUAAAAAUCCUAAUGAUCCAGAGGCAACGGAAAGAUUCAAGGCUAUUAAUCAUGCUCAUGCGAUUCUGUCUGAUCCAAGUAAAAAAGAAAUUUACGACCGUUAUGGCACGAUGGGUUUGUAUAUUGCAGAACAAUUUGGAGAAGAGAAUGUAAAAACGUACUUUAUGCUUAGUAGUGGCUGGUGUAAGGGCUUGUUAGUAUUUUGCGGAAUCAUCACUGGCUGUUACUUCUGCUGUUGCUGUUUUUGUUUCUGUUGUAAUUUUUGUUGUGGAAAAUAUAAACAUGUCGUCGAAGAGGAGCCCACGCCCGACUUUGACGAGUUCAAUAAAUCGGACGAUUCGAAGUCCGAGGACAGUGUGAUCACUGAAGAGCCAGGCAGUGGGAAGGCUGAUGAACAGACUGCUUUUGCUAUGCCGCCUCCUUCGUAUGAUAGUCUUUCAGAGACGAAACAGAAUACUGUAGUGACUGAACAACCAGAAAGCAACGGAGGUGCUAUUCCGACGGGUCCACCGUAAUUUGUUGCUAGUGCAACCGUAUGAAGUGCCAGGCAUUAGCACUGGGACGCGGUCUAGCGAUUACACUUAAAUAAUUCAAUAUUACAUAUUUUUAAAAAACGUCGCAUCGAAAUGGAUCGUACACGAUCAUUAGUAGAUAUGUUAGGUUGUUUAUUUUUUAUAAAUUAUUUUUUUGCGAUAUUAUUAUUUUUUGUGUUUUGACCCAUGCACAUACAUUUACCACGAAUUAUAAUCUUUUUGGUCCGAAA